CGCGGCCAUGUGGGACGGCGGGGCGGCCCGAGCCCUCAGCCGAACCGUCACCCGCGCCCUGCGGCGCCGGCGGGCGGCGGGCGCGGUGCCGGGGGCUGCGGGCGAUGACCAUGCUGAUCUGUCUUUUCAGACAGGUCUGAGAAGUGUCCUUCAGGACUACGAUAGGAAAAAACAACUGAAAUCCAGUAGUACUUUGCCUGUUUCUCUGACUGAAAUGAAAAGCAACAUGUUCACUGUGAAGAGACCUUUCAGCACUUCACACUCUUCAGUGGAUUCAAAGGAAAUUAAAAAAUUCCAGCUCCUUGCACAUAAGUGGUGGGAUGAAGAAGGAGAAUAUGCAGCCCUUCAUUCUAUGAAUGAUAUUAGAGUGCCGUUUAUUAGAGAUACCCUGUUGAGCAUGAGUAGUAAUUAUCAUGUGGGAAAUCCACUUUCUGGAAUCAAGAUUCUUGACGUGGGCUGUGGCGGAGGACUGCUGAGUGAACCUUUAGGUAGACUGGGAGCUUCAGUUACUGGAAUUGAUCCUGUGGAGGACAACAUUAGAACAGCAGAUCAGCACAAGUCAUUUGAUCCGGUCCUGGCCAAGAGAAUACAGUACAAGUCCAGUUCACUGGAGGAGAUUGUGGAGGAGUCUAUGGAAACCUUUGAUGUAAUUGUAGCUUCUGAAGUAGUGGAGCAUGUGGCUGACCUUGAAACGUUUAUCAAGUGUUGCUCUCAGGUGUUAAAGCCUGAAGGUUCUUUAUUCAUUACGACAAUCAAUAAAACACAAUUGUCCUAUGUCCUGGGAAUUGUGGUUGCAGAAAAAAUAAUGGGGAUUGUACCAGAAGGAACACAUGAAUGGGAGAAAUUUGUUCCCCCUGAAGAGCUGGAGCGCCUCCUGGAAUCAAAUGGCUUUUCAGUGAAGACCGUGAGUGGGAUGCUGUAUAAUCCGCUCUUGGGCUCCUGGAGCUGGAUGGAGAGCACGAGCCUGAACUACGCAGUGCACGCAGUGAAGGCUGGGGCUGGGGCACAGUCACAUACCACAGACACCCCGCCAGAGACAGACAUCCAGCAGCACGCAGCCACAGCUGGCACAGCUGGCACUGUCCCAGACGGCACCGUCUGACAUGUCUGGUGAUGGACUGUCACCAGAACAGAAAAUGAGCUUUUGCUCAGAUGGACACAAUAAAACCUUUGUUAACAACAA